UUCUUUUUCUGUUGAUUGUAUUGAUGAACAGCUAACUUUUUUAAAAGUACACUUGUCGAAAACCGUUACUUUAGCCGUUUUAUUGAUAAAAAUAGGCUAGAAAGAAAUACUAAAUGGGUCAUUCACUCGAUCUCAAAGAAAAGAUUGUUCAUGAGCCUAGCAUUUAAAGGUGAACUAACAUCGGAUGUACUAAAGAAUCAUCUGUGCAAAUCGAUCAGUAGAACUUUCAUCGCAGCAAGACUUCGAUUGACUUUUAUCAGCCGUAACCUAUUCUCCGUUUGUGUUAAAGAUAAGCUUCCUUGUCUGGCCGCCUCUAUGUGCAUCUACCAGUUCACCUGCUCUUGUGAAGCAAGGUAUAUCGGCCAUAGCCAAAGAAUGCUUUCUAAACGUAUACGAGAACAUGUUCCUGUUUGUUUGUAUAAAGGUGAAAGAAAGUCUGUUAGAAGUUCGAUUCUAAAACAUUUGAUUGAUUUCCAUCACUCAACAAACCCAGACAAUGACUUUAAAAUUACUUAUCAAAUUCGCCCAAACCUCCCACGUUUUCAACUUCUUAAAACAGCGGAGGCUUUAGCUAUUCAUGAACUAAAGCCUGAUCUGUGUGUACAAAUGAAGUAUGUGCAGUCACUGUUUUUAUCAUGGCCAUAACAUUUUCCCACCCCAUUAGCUUCCCCCCUUUGUUAAUUUAACCUUUGUAUCCUUCCUUUAUCACUAUUAUUGUUAUUAUAAUUGCCUUCACUUUGAUUAGUUUCGGGUGUUAUUUCACUUAAUUGUCUUAAUCUUUUUAGAAAACAUUGAUUUCAUCUUGACCAACUUGUCUAAUCCUACUACACAAUACCUAGUUGUUCAUAGGAAAAGACAGGACGUGGUUUCAGCGAAGAAACGUUCUUCUUUUUGACGAAGUCAUUUACUAAUUGAUUUACCACUUUCAUCAUUUUUU